CUUAUUAUAAUAAAGAGAGGGGAUUUUGCCAAUGAAAUUGUCCCAUUCUCCCGCUCAAAGUUUUUGCUGUUUUUUUUUUUUUUUUUUGGAUUUUACAGAUGAAGCGCGAUGAUGGGUGUUCAAGUUAAUUAGGAGUCUAAUCCUAUUUUUUCUCUUUUUUAUAGCUAUAUUUAAUCUCAUUGGUGUGUGUUGUUAUUGGGAAACGAUAUAAUCCUCUUUAGUCCUGCUUAGCUUCAGAAUAAUUUUACGGAUGAAGUUGUGACGAUGGUUAAGAGAUUUUGAUUCCCAAAUCGAUUGAUGAAGCUGUGAUGAUGUUUAAGAGAUUUUGGUUCCCAAAGCGAUUGGUAUCAUGAGAUGAUUGUCAUUGAUUUGAAUUCUUUUUUUCAUUGGUCGAACUUAUUUAUUGUAUUUAUUUAUCAUUUGUAAUGAUUCAAGUUAAUUAGAAGUCUAAUCCUAUUUUUUCUCUUUUUAUAGCUAUAUUUAAGCUCAUUGGCGUGUACAAUUCUUGAAAAACGAAUCGUCCUCUUUAGUCCUGUUUAGCUUCAGAAUAGUAGCUAUGGUGUUAUGAUUAUUUGUUUUAUCUAUGCUACUUCUUUGGGUAUAUAUAUACAUGGCUGAACAGCAUUCAAACACACGCACACCACUGAUUAACAACUCUGCGUCAUAACUCACAUUGAGCCCUUUAGAAUGGCUGGUCAGUUUGUUCUGGCCUCUCAACCCAAACCUGAAUUUACAACCAAGGCAAUUCGAGCUCGUUUGGUGCGAACAUAUGAAGUUCCUGAAAACAACAAAGCAAACGGAACCAGGAGUAUUGAAUGCUUAUUUCAUGAUGAAGAGGGUACUUUUAUACAUGUUCACAUAUCUAAGAAGCAAGUUGAGAAAUAUACCAGUAAGUUUAAGGAGGGCAAGGUAUAUGGCAUAAAAAAUUGGCUAUGCGUCAAAAAUUUCUUGAAAUAUAAAACGAGUCAGCACCCUUACGUCCUCAAGUUUAAACAUGAUACUUUGGUUAAGGAGUACAAGCGAAUUGAUUUUCCUAAUCAUGUGUUCCGUAUAAAGUCUUUUCCCUCAUUGAUACUCAAACAAGAUGUUGACGAGAAGGAGUUGAUAGAUGUGAUUGGCAGAGUAGUUGAAAUAUACUCUCCCAUAGAGAGAAAUGUUGGUGGAAGGAUGGCUAAAUUAAUUGAUUUUGUGUUGGAAGAUGGAAAUGAAAAUCAACUGCAUUGUACUGUGUGGGAUGACCACGUUGACCAGUUGGUACCAUAUUUUAAUUCGACCUCUUUAGAGCCAAUCAUACUUUUGCUUCAGUUAUGCAGAGCUAGGCUUCUUGACAAUGGUGAGGUUCGGAUUUCCAGCUCCUUUGAUGCAACUAAGCUCUGGUUUAAUCAGAGGUCUCAUGAAUUUGUUUCUUUUGUGGAAAGUCUGCCCUCUGUAUGUACCCCUUUAAGGAGGAUACAAUCAGAAUCGAGGCUAUCUUUAGUUAAGAUGGAGCGGUCAUGUUCAAGUUCUGAGGUUGUUGUUACUACUAUUGAAGAAGUAUAUACAAGAAAGAAGUUAUCUGAAUACUGGAUUGCUGCUACAAUUCUGGGUGUUGAGUCUUUGGAUGAUUGGUAUUAUAUCUCAUGUAAGGGUAGCAGUUGUAGCAGAAAAUUGGUCCCCCUUAAUGGUUUGAUGUACUAUAGUAAGUGUGACAGAAGUUGGAAAGAGGGGUCUAUCAAAUAUAAGGUUGUGGUACGUGUAAGAGAUAGUUCUACAGAUGCACCUUUUUUGCUAUGGGAUCGAGAAUGUUAAGAAAUAUUAGGUGUUCCGGCUCUUAGUCUAAUAAAGAAGUAUGGUGUGGAAUAUGAAGGUAUUCCACUCGAAUUGGAAGCCCUUGCUGGCAUGCAUUUGCUUUUUAAAAUUGUGAUGAAGAAGGACCAGAUUAACAAUUUACAUUCUGCAUUUAGUGUGCUGGGAAUUGACAGGGAUAGUGGUUCUAUUGCUAAGUACUUUGGUAAAUUGGCUUGUGAUGAUGGAAGGGCUGUUGGUGCACCAAUGUUGGGUGAUCAAGGAAGUGUUAAUAAUAUUGAUGAUGACUUCUUUGCUGGGCACGAUGUUGUUAAUUUGGGUGAUGCUUAUGAUGAGAUAUUGGAGUUACCUGCGGAUGGUUUUGUGAAUAACCAUGUUGGGGAUGAGUUUACACAGGGUGUGUUUAGAGUGGAUGAGUCUGGUACUGUUGACUUAGGUGGAGUUCCUCAAGAUGGAACACAUGGCACUGUUGGAGAUUCUGUGAAGAGGUGUUUGAUGAGCGAGUUCACAAAAGUUGAAGUGCCUAAAAGACGUAGGACUUUGGCUAUUAAGGAAGAAGAGAUUUAGUGUGGUGACUACUGGUUGUGUUGGUUCUUUGUGUGGUGUCUGGACUUAAGUAUUUAAAUAUUUCAGUGUUGUUGGUUUUUUUUUUGAACUUUCUGCUUAUAAAUGUUUUAAAGCAGAAAUUGU